GGCUGGAACUAAGCUGCUUUGGGAAGCCUGGGGAGGCAGGCAAGCCAUUUUUUUCCUACUUCUUGACAUCUGAGCUCCUGAGCCUGAACAGGAGGUUACAAGUGUCAAGUUCACCCAUCUUUAAUACUAAAUAAAACAAAGGGCCUCUGACCUCUGCCCCUAGCUGGGAUAAAGUAGAGAGGGAAGAGGCCCUCGGGCACAGCUUUGCAUCUUAUGAGGACUUUUUUGCCCCUUUUAAACUUGCAUUUUCAGGCAAUCUCUGAAUUUCUCUGGGGGAUGCUGACUCCUUGCCCAGUGCCCUGAAGUUUCUCUGUGAUGAACUGAUGAAUCGGAAACAUGGUGCAGGAGAAGAAAUUCUGUCCUCGGUUACUUGACUACCUAGUGAUCGUAGGGGCCAGGCACCCGAGCAGCGAUAGCGUGGCCCAGACCCCGGAACUGCUGCGGCGGUACCCGUUAGAGGACCAUGCCGAGUUCCCCCUGCCCCCGGAUGUGGUGUUCUUCUGCCAGCCCGAGGGCUGCCUGAGCGUGCGGCAGCGGCGCAUGAGCCUCCGCGAUGACACCUCCUUUGUGUUCACCCUCACCGACAAGGACACCGGAGUCACGCGCUAUGGCAUCUGUGUCAACUUCUACCGCUCCUUCCAGAAGCGAAUGCCCAAGGAAAAGGGAGAAGGGGGAGCAGGGUCCCGCGGGAAGGAGGGACCCCGGGCCGCCUGUGUCCCCGAAGAGGUGGGCGCCGAGAGCUCUGAGAGCAGUGCAUCCCUGCAGCCUCCCAGCACUGACUCCACGCCUGAUGUGAGCCAGUCUCCUCGGGGCAAACGCCGGGCCAAGGCAGGGAGCCGGUCCCGCAACAGCACCCUGACGUCCCUGUGUGUGCUCAGCCACUACCCUUUCUUCUCCACCUUCCGGGAGUGCCUGUAUACCCUCAAACGUCUGGUGGACUGCUGCAGCGAGCGCCUGCUGGGCAAGAAGCUGGGCCUUCCUCGAGGCGUACAGAGGGACACCAUGUGGCGCAUCUUUACCGGAUCACUGCUGGUGGAGGAGAAGUCAAGCGCCCUGCUGCAUGACCUGCGGGAGAUCGAGGCCUGGAUCUACCGACUGCUGCGUUCCCCAGUGCCCGUCUCUGGGCAGAAGCGAGUGGACAUUGAGGUCCUGCCCCAGGAGCUACAACCAGCUUUGACCUUUGCUCUUCCGGAUCCCUCUCGGUUCACGCUGGUAGAUUUCCCGCUGCACCUGCCUUUGGAACUUCUGGGUGUGGAUGCCUGUCUCCAGGUGCUCACCUGCAUCCUGUUGGAGCACAAGGUGGUGCUACAGUCCCGAGACUACAAUGCACUCUCCAUGUCUGUGAUGGCAUUUGUGGCAAUGAUCUACCCGCUGGAGUAUAUGUUUCCUGUCAUCCCACUGCUUCCCACCUGCAUGGCAUCGGCAGAACAGCUGCUGUUGGCUCCCACCCCAUACAUUAUCGGAGUCCCUGCCAGCUUCUUCCUCUACAAAUUGGACUUCAAAAUGCCUGAUGACGUGUGGUUGGUGGAUCUGGACAGCAAUAGGGUGAUUGCCCCCACCAAUGCAGAAGUGCUACCUAUUCUACCAGAACCAGAAUCAUUAGAGCUGAAGAAACAUUUAAAGCAGGCCCUCGCCAGCAUGAGUCUUAACACCCAGCCCAUCCUCAAUCUGGAGAAAUUCCACGAGGGCCAGGAGAUCCCCUUUCUCCUGGGAAGGCCUUCUAGUGACCUGCAGUCCACCCCUUCCACCGAGUUCAACCCACUCAUUUACGGCAAUGACGUGGAUUCUGUAGAUGUGGCAACCAGAGUGGCCAUGGUCCGUUUCUUCAACUCUGCCAACGUGCUGCAGGGCUUCCAGCUGCACACACGUACCCUGCGUCUCUUCCCUCGGCCAGUGGUAGCUUUUCAGACCGGCUCCUUUCUAGCCUCACGUCCCCGACAGACUCCUUUUGCCGAGAAAUUGGCUAGAACUCAGGCCGUGGAGUACUUUGGAGAAUGGAUCCUUAACCCCACCAACUAUGCCUUUCAGCGAAUUCACAACAAUAUGUUUGACCCUGCCCUGAUCGGUGACAAGCCAAAGUGGUAUGCUCACCAGCUGCAGCCCAUCCACUACCGGGUCUAUGACAGCAACUCACAGCUGGCCGAGGCACUGAGCGUGCCACCUGAGCGCGACUCUGACUCCGACCCUACUGAUGACAGUGGCAGUGAUAGCAUGGAUUAUGAUGACUCAAGCUCUUCUUACUCCUCCCUUGGUGACUUUGUCAGUGAAAUGAUGAAAUGUGACAUCAACGGUGAUACUCCCAAUGUAGACCCUCUGACGCACGCAGCCCUGGGCGAUGCCAGCGAGGUCCAGAUCGAUGAGUUGCAGAACCAGAAGGAAGCAGAGGAGCCAGGCCCAGACAGCGAGAACUCUCAUGAAAUCCCCCCAGCGCGCUCCAGCUCCAGCACCACCGCCAGCAGUAGCCCCAGCACCAUCGUCCGUGGAACCAGCUCUGAACCCGCUGACUCUACGGAGACAGAUGCUAAGGCAGCAGGUGGUGUUUCCAAGCCUCUCCCUAUCGUGCCUCCCAGCAUUGGCAAACCGACUGUGGACAGGCGUCAGGCAGAAACCGGAGAGGGGUCAGUGUGCUGGCAAACCUAUGACAAUCCAUUCUUUGAGUCCCAAUAUGGGUUUCACCCUGAGGAAUACGAUGAUGAGCAAGGGAAAGAAAGUUACACUCCCCAAUUCAGCCAACAUGUCAGUGGCAAUCAGGCUCAAAAGCUGCUGCGGCCCAACAGCUUGAAGCUGGCCAGUGACUCCGAUGCUGAAUCUGACUCCCGUGCCAGCUCUCCCAACUCCACCGUCUCCAACAACAGCACCGAGGGCUUCGGGGGCAUCGUGUCGUUUGCCAGCAGCCUGUAUCGGAACCACAGUACAAGCUUCAGUCUCUCGAACCUCACUCUACCCACCAAAGGUGCCCGAGAGAAGACCACACCCUUCCCCAGUCUGAAAGUAUUUGGGCUAAAUACUCUAAUGGAGAUUGUUACUGAAGCCGGCCCCGGGAGUGGUGAAGGAAACAGGAGGGCCUUAGUGGACCAGAAAUCUUCUGUCAUUAAACACAGCCCCACAGUGAAGAGAGAGCCUCCAUCACCCCAGGGUCGAUCCAGCAAUUCCAGUGAGAACCAGCAGUUCCUGAAGGAGGUGGUACAUAGCGUGCUCGAUGGCCAGGGCGUCGGCUGGCUCAACAUGAAGAAGGUGCGCCGGCUGCUGGAGAGCGAGCAGCUGCGGGUCUUCGUCCUGAGCAAGCUGAACCGCAUCGUGCAGUCAGAGGACGAUGCCCGGCAGGACGUCAUCCCAGAUGUGGAGAUCAGCCGGAAGGUGUAUAAGGGAAUGCUGGACCUCCUCAAGUGCACAAUCCUCAGUCUGGAGCAGUCCUAUGCCCACGCAGGUCUGGGUGGCAUGGCCAGCAUCUUUGGGCUUCUGGAGAUAGCCCAGACCCACUACUAUAGUAAAGAACCAGACAAGCGGAAGAAAAGUCCAACAGAGAGUGUAACUACCCCAGCUGGCAAGGACCCUGGUCUGGCUGGGCGGGGGGACGCAAAAGCUAUGGCUCAGCUGAGAGUUCCCCAGCUGGGACCUCGGGCACCAAGUGCUACAGGAAAAGGUCCCAAGGAGCCAGACACCAGGAGUUUAAAGGAAGAGAAUUUUGUCGCUUCUAUUGAAUUGUGGAACAAGCACCAGGAAGUGAAAAAGCAAAAAGCUUUGGAAAAACAGAGACCAGAAGUAAUCAAACCCGUCUUUGACCUUGGUGAGACAGAGGAGAAGAAGUCCCAGAUCAGUGCGGACAGUGGCGUGAGCCUGACCUCUGGUUCCCAGAGGAUGGAUCAAGACUCAGUGGUCGGUGUGAGUCCUGCUGUUAUGAUCCGCAGCUCCAGCCAGGAUUCUGAAGUUAGCACCGUGGUGAGUAAUAGCUCUGGGGAGACUCUGGGAGCCGACAGUGAUCUGAGCAGCAAUGCAGGUGACGGCCCAGGCGGCGAGGGCAGCAUCCACUUGGCAAGCUCUCGGGGAACUUUGUCUGACAGUGAAAUUGAGACCAACUCUGCCACAAGCGCCAUCUUUGGGAAAUCCCACAGCCUGAAGCCGAAGGUGAAGGAGAAACCAAUGGGCAGCCCAAUUCGCUGUACUGAAGACGUCAGCCAACGCGUGUACCUCUAUGAGGGACUCCUAGGAAGGGACAAAGGAUCAAUGUGGGACCAGUUAGAGGACGCUGCUAUGGAGACCUUUUCUAUAAGCAAAGAGCGUUCUACUUUAUGGGACCAAAUGCAGUUCUGGGAAGAUGCAUUCUUAGAUGCUGUGAUGUUGGAGAGAGAAGGGAUGGGUAUGGACCAGGGUCCCCAAGAAAUGAUUGACAGGUACCUGUCCCUGGGAGAGCAUGACCGGAAGCGUUUGGAGGAUGACGAAGAUCGCUUGCUGGCCACCCUUCUGCAUAACCUCAUCUCCUACAUGCUGCUAAUGAAGGUGAAUAAAAAUGACAUCCGGAAGAAGGUGAGGCGCUUGAUGGGGAAGUCCCACAUUGGGCUUGUGUACAGCCAGCAGAUCAACGAGGUGCUGGAUCAGCUGGCUAGCCUGAACGGGCGGGACCUCUCCAUCCGGUCCAGUGGGAGCCGGCACAUGAAGAAGCAGACAUUUGUGGUACACGCAGGCACAGACACAAAUGGAGACAUCUUUUUCAUGGAGGUGUGUGAUGACUGUGUGGUGCUGCGCAGUAACAUCGGGACGGUCCAUGAGCGCUGGUGGUACGAGAAACUCAUCAAUAUGACGUACUGCCCCAAGACCAAAGUGUUGUGCUUGUGGCGUCGAAAUGGCUCUGAAACCCAGCUCAACAAGUUCUACACUAAGAAGUGUCGCGAACUGUACUACUGCGUGAAGGACAGCAUGGAGCGUGCGGCCGCCCGGCAGCAGAGUAUCAAGCCUGGGCCUGAACUAGGUGGCGAGUUCCCUGUGCAGGACAUGAAAACUGGUGAGGGUGGCUUGCUGCAGGUCACUCUGGAAGGGAUCAAUCUCAAGUUCAUGCAUAACCAGGUUUUCAUAGAGCUGAAUCACAUUAAAAAGUGCAAUACAGUUCGAGGCGUCUUUGUCCUGGAGGAAUUUGUUCCUGAAAUUAAAGAAGUGGUGAGCCACAAGUACAAGACACCAAUGGCCCACGAGAUCUGCUACUCCGUGUUGUGUCUCUUCUCAUAUGUGGCCGCCGCGCACAGCAGCGAGGAAGGUCUCCGAACCCCACCUCGGCCUGUCUCCAGCUGACAGGGGCGCAGCAGCCGCCAGCCCAGGGGACACCGCCACGCCCUGCUGUGUCCGCGUGCACAGUGCUCCCAUCAGCACCAAGACGUGGGCGGUGGUGUGAGUGUGCUCCGCGAGGCAUGCCUCAGUCUGAGUGUGUCUUUGAGCCCUCUGUCCAGGGCUAAGCUAGCCCCUGCCACCUUCUCUUCCCUUCUACUCCCAGAAGGCGAGCUGUCCCAACAGAGAGAGGGAGAGAGUGUGUGUGUGUGUGUGAGAAAGAGAUGGGCCAGUGUGAGCCCACCAUGGCGUGUCCUGUAGAUGUUGGUGUUGUGGUCUCUCGUUCUCACCCCGGCACCCUGACUGCCACUCCCCACAUGCCCCUAGUGCAGGAGCCAGCUCUACACCCUGUGUGACUCAGCCUGACCAGGCUCCUGGAGCAGGUCCAUGCUGGGUAGCCAGGGGGAGACCUGAGCCUGCUCUCCCAACUGAGGGGUGAGCAGGGAGGGGAAGGGAGGAGUCUGGGGAUAGCUGAGUGAGCCACACUUCCCAGUCUCCUUCACAUCUCCCAAGCCAGCAGCAUCACCCAGGGCGGCCCUGUGCUGGGCACUGACUUCCCUCCCUGGAAGGAGGCUAGCAGUGUCCCACUGGUUGCUCUGUCCAAGGGUCAGGGAAAGGCCAAGUAAAAUCCACUCAGCAUCUCCUGGCAUGGGUGCCAGGUGGGCAAGAUGGCUGGGGGAGGAAGGUGAGGGAGGAUGUAGAUAUUCCUGCUCCAUGUUAUUUAUAGAAGAUGUACAGCCACGUGAUCAUGAAAUAAAUGUCCUCAA